AUGGUGCACACAACGGUGGCUGCGGCCGGAACUUUCUUCAAUCUUCUAUUAAUCUACAUUGCUAUUUUUCAUUCUCCGAAUAAAAUCAGGACUUAUGCUUCUUUGAUUCUUAAUUUGGCCUUUUCCGACAUGAUUAUUUGCCUCAUCGACUUGUUCGUUCAGCAAAGGUGAAAAUGGUUAUUUUUUAGUUUAAAUAAAGUCAAAAAUACUCGAUUUGAAACGGUCACAAGAGUUCAGUAGUAAAAUUUGGCGAGGAAAAAAUUAAGUUUUUUUAAAGGUUUUUUUGUCUUUUUUAUUUUUAUAAUGAAGUUAAGCAUUAAAUUUUUUGUUUUUGAACUGAGUGGAACUAGAAGAAAAAACUUUUUCAAGGUAAAAAGAUUUUCAUCAGAAAGCACUCUUAAAAACACGCAGCAUUUUUUGAAAGUUAUUUUCUUUGCGACAAAAGUAGCUAACUCCCCUUAUAGCAGUUAUGUUACUACCGCGUUUCAAGUUGAAUAUAGAAAAAAGUCAUGUCUCAGGUUAGUCCCAACAGGAUGGUCAGUCAUCUUCAUCGGGAAUGGCCCUUGCAAGUAUUUCGACUAUACUCUUUGUUUCAAAGCGUAAGAUUUGAAUUUAUUCGUUUACUACAGUUUUCAAAACACUAGUUGAAAAAUACAAAAUUCCAAAAUAUCUUGAAAAUAAAAAAAGCAAGGAAUCGAUAGUUGGCUGAAUUUUUCAGGCAUAAAGUUGAACGAAAACUAACUCUCAUUCAAAAUAGAAAGGGUAUUGCAUUCUAUUUUUUUAUCGAUGAAAAAAACUAAAAAUACAUAUUUAUUUCCUUAUUAAAUAAAUGUAAACUGUAAAAAAACUUGAAACUUCUCUACAACUAUAAAAAAAUCGAAUGCUGUCGGCCUCCAAAACAGGCUAAAUUCAAAAAAAUUCCUUAUUUUUUUAAAAAAUAAUUUGAAAAACGUUUGAUUUUUCAGGAACAACGUCGGUCAGCACCUCCAAACAUUCGGAGUUUACAUCCUUCUUGUCUCUUUCUCCUACCGAUAUUAUAUUCUGGUGAGAUCACCACCAACAAGGAAACAAGUUCUGAUUCUUCUUUCCCUAGUAUAUAUCCCAUCAUUUUUCCAAUUGGUUAGAUUUUCGUUUCACUUUUUUAUGCGGAAAAGUUACAGAUCUUCUCCCUAUUCAUGGAAAGUCCUCAGGAAGACAUACAAAAAAUAUUCGAAAAGGCUUUUCCUCAAUAUGAGACCGAGAAUAUCAUGAUCACCGGUGUGAAAGACAUUCGGGAUUUUUGGCCUUCUAUAUCCAUCUCACAUGCGAUCUUUUCUGUGAUUCCAAUGUAUACAGCGAUUUUUGUUCUUCGUCAAAAAAUUAUCAACAGAUUAAAUGCGGCGAUUUGCAUCAAAUCUGAGACAAAAAGCAUGCAGAACCAGUUUUUGAAGGUGAACUAUAACAUUUUUGGAAAAGUUUAAAGCUUUUCGGUGGUCAUUCUAUCUCUUACAAGGCUCUUUUCAAAGCUUUAAUUCUUUAGAAUGUAUUUUUCCAGGCUCUAACCGUCCAAAUCUGCAUUCCGGCCUUCUGCUCCAUCGCCAUCAUUACCUACGCCAUCGGCCAACUCAGGAUUUUCAACCAUCCGGCUUUAGAAUAUGCAUCUCCGAUUUCCCUCCUUCUAACUCCAGUUGUAUCCCCAUUAGCAUCUUUAUAUUGUGUACAUCCUUAUAAAAACAAGGUGAUGAGCUUGGUUCGAAAUAGCUCCCUCUCACAGAAAAACACCGUCGUUUCACACACAUCUACCUUGUAAGAUGUACUGAAAAUAAUGGGAAAAAACAUUCAAUUGAUAAAAAUUUUCAGAGAAAAUUGAAAUGGAGCAAAAAAAUACUAGGAAGGAUUGGAAAUAGCCGAAGGAUCAAGUUUAUUGUAGUUCGAAAAGAGUCAUGAGUUCAAAGAAGUUGAAAUAUAUUCGAAAAAGCUAGAAAAAAAAAUGUUUUUUUUGCCAAAUAUGUACACAAACCUUCACAGAUUUCUUUUUAAAUUCGUUGAAAACCCUAUUUUGAACUUGAAAGCGACGCUACGGCGAUGUUCUCAGCCAUUCUAGGGGUCCUCGAGAACUUACAUUUUUUUAAUCAGAUGGGAAACUUAUUCACAAGUGUGAAAAUAGCCUAACGUAGCUCUUCUUCUAGGUGCAAUGACUUUUCGAAAAAAAAAAUUUUUCUUGGAAUGAAAAGAUCAAAAUUCGUAAAGCGGAAACACGUCCUCUUCUGAACUUAAAAACCUAGCUUCAAAACAAAUUAUUUUUGCUCAUCGCGAAAUUUUUUCUUUUGUAUCUGAGUUUUGAGAUCUUCAAAGUCAAGGUCGCUCUCUUCAAAACCAACAUGGAAGAAGGGUAA